UCCCCCACGGAGAGCGAGUUCUCCCGGCUCGACCUCUUGAGCGACUACGUGUCCGUUGCUUCCUCCAACUCUCCUCCCUACCUUGUCUCCAAGCUCGAAGCCAUGCUCUACUAUUCGGGCAUCUCUCCGACUCCCCCGAAGCUCGUCUACCGUACGGGGAGCUUGAAGACGCCCUGGGUCAAGCCUACGGGAUCCGACUCCUAUCGCAAGCUCAAGCAGGCGCGUGGGGUGUUCGGGCACAGGCUCAAUGUCGUCUGGAAGGACGUGGGUCCCGUGGUUCGGGACCUGCUGAACGCCCGGAAGGUUGCUUGGACGUCCAUCGACGUCGUUCGUUUUAUUACCGACGGAGACAUAGACGAGAAGACCCGCGGUCCUGUCGUCCUCUGGAUCGGCGUUCAUCCUGAUUCGCUUCAGGCCGAGGACGCCUUCAGUCUAAGCAACGACGUCUUCGACCUUCUCGCGAAGUUCGACAUCGACAACGUCGAGGUUGAAUACCGCGAG